AUGAGUAACAAUGAAUUAAUGGGAAAAUCAGAGAAACAACCUCUUCUCCAAGAUGAGGAGAGUGAAAUAGGUAUCGACCAACCACAAGAAUCUGGUUGGAAGGAAAAGUUGAGAUCAUUUGGUAGAUCAAUGCUCAAGAAGGAAAUGUUGACCGUACUCAUCUACUCUGUUUGUUACGUCAUCUCUGGUGUAAUUAACAGUAUUUUGCUAAAGUUGACUAUGAAUUCUUUCCAAAAUUAUGGUUUCUUCUUAAAUCAAUUGACAAACUAUGGUUUCAUUCCAAUUUUUGGUGCCGUAGUUGCAUAUAAAAUUAUGUUCACUAACGAUAUUCCACAAGAAACACGUGAUUUCCCAAAGUAUAAGUUCUUAAUUAUGGGUGCUUUGGAUGCAGUCACUGGUUAUUUUGUAGUUAUUGGUGGUAUUUCAACAUCAGGUCCAUUACAACAAUUGUUGAAUCAAGCAAUCAUUCCAUUCACAAUGUUAUCAUCGCUCGUCUUUUUGAAGAUGAGAUACUCGUGGAUUCAGGUCACUGGUGCUUUGGUUAUUAUUGCUGGUGUCGUUGUAUCGUUGAUUCCAUCACUCACCGGUAAAUCCGACGCCAACAACAAGGUCUUCUGGAACUUGUUCUAUUUGAUCUCUAUGAUUCCAUUUGCGCUCUCCAACAUCUACAAGGACAUCGGUUUCCAAUCGGUACAGGACAUGGACGUCUGGUACCUUCAGUUCUACGAUUCCUUGUUCCAGGGUAUCGUCGGUACCUUCCUCUUCCCCAUCAACAAUUGGUUGCCACCACCAGGAGGUAUCAAGUUCAAGGACAUCAUUCCAUCGCUCCGUGACGGUGCCGAGUGUCUCGCCGGAACCAACACCAUCACCAUGGCCAGCUCCAACAACACCUGCGAUUUGCCAACCACCGACUUCCCAUGCGACAACUGUCACAACGCCUACAUCAUCAUCAUCAUUUACAUGACAAUCAACAUUGUCUACAACGUUUUCAUUCUUUUGGUUAUCAAGCAUGCCGGUGCCACCGUCUACUCGAUCGCCAACACUCUUCGUCUCCCAUUGACUAACAUUGUUUUCUCUCUCAAAUUCAUCGUCCCAGUUUCCAUCUACCAAGCUUUCUCUGGUCUGUCAGUUGCAGGUCUUAUUAUUAUUUUGCUAGGUCUUGUUGGAUAUCGUAUAGGUUCUAUGAUCAAGGCCAAACAAUCCGGUGAGGAUGGAGAGGUUAAAGUUAUUCCAGGUUUAGGUCCAGCCGGUGUUGAAGUAUUACCAGCAGGUCCAUUACGCAGACCUUUGAUCGAACCAAAGUCGCCAGAGCACCUUAGAAACCAAUUCUUUGCACGCGGUAGACAUGCUGUCAAUGAAUAA